UGCAGUGCUCGCUGGGCGGAGGUGGCGCAGCGAUGGUUUACAUUUCGAACGGUCAAGUGUUGGAUAGCCGGAGUCGGGCUCCAUGGAGUUUGUCAUCUAUAACUGACUUCUUCUGGGGAAUAGUAGACUUUGUAGCUAUGUUUUUCCAGAGCAUUAUUCACCCAGACUUAACAAGGAGAGGCUACACAUCUUCCUCCUCUUCAAGAUAUGACGAUGGAAGAGGGCCUCCAGGAUUUCCUCGCCGUAGAAUGGGUCGAAUAAACCACUUUGGAGGCCCAAGUCCCCCUCCAAUGGCUGGAGGUGGAUGAGGAAGGUAA